GCCGCGGUCCUGGCUGGGGGCUCACGGCGGCGCGGGGGCCCGGCCUCACUCCUCGGCUCGGGGGCGGGCCGCCACUCCCCGGCCUCCUAAAAGACCCAGCUGCGGCUGGAGGGGCGGUGGCCGCGACUGUCGAGGGCUGGACCCAGGUUGCAGGGGUUGGAGCUCGGAGGUCGGAGGUCGUGCCUUUGUGGAAGGAAGGCUGGGGCUCCGCCCGUGCAAGCCUAGGGGCGGGCCGCUCCCCGACUCCAUGUCGGCUCCGCUGAGGCACCCCCUCCUUUCACGGAAGGGGCUCGGGGGAAGCCGGCCCGAGAGCGGCUGGAGCCCCGUGCAGGACCUGAGCUCGGACGCGAAAGCCGGCCCGACCUCGGGCUGCCGCCGAGGCCCAGCAGAAAAUGAGGCAGAAGGAAGUGUUAAGCAAGACCUUCCAAGGCCCAGCUGUUGUCUGCAGGACUCCGACCAGCCAUGUUUACAUGUUUAAGAAUGGCAGUGGGGACUCGGGGGACUCCUCUGAGGAAGAGUCACACCGUGUGGUUCUGCGACCCCGGGGCAAGGAACUCCAGAAGAUUGGUGCCCACCACCCUCACCAGCCAGGAGCAGGCGACGUGGUGCUGCUGCAGCGGGAGCUGGCCCAGGAGGACAGCCUCAACAAGCUGGCUCUUCAGUAUGGCUGCAAAGUUGCAGAUAUCAAGAAAGUCAACAACUUCAUCAGAGAACAGGACUUGUACGCUUUGAAAUCUAUUAAGAUUCCAGUGAAAAACCAUGGGAUCCUAACAGAGACUCACAAAGAACUAAAACCCCUCCCGAGCCCAUCUUCAGAAACCAAAGUGACCGUGGAACUGCUGGAUCCAGACAGAGCAGCUGCAGGCCCUGAUGCCGGCCCCAGCCGACUGACGGAUUUCUUUAAGGGAAUUGACCAGAAUAUUGAGCAUGUGGUGCAGUCGGAAAUCUUUCUGCAAGAAAGCUGCUGCGGAGAGACCUCCAAUCAGCCGCUGCUCCCAGCCCCUCCAAAGACAUGGAUAAAUGGUGCAGACUGUGGAAUUCAAUGGUGGAAUGCUGUUUUUAUCAUGCUUCUAAUUGGGGUUGUUCUGCCAGUGUUUUAUUUAAUUUAUUUUAAAAUGCAAGCUACUAGUGAGACCCCUAAUAGCUUGAACACAACUGACAUCCCCAAUGGCUCAAUGGCAGUGGGUCCAGUUCCAGGGCAAGCCCCCGGAUUAGUGAUUCCAGUGCCAACUGUCGCCUCUUCAGACGGCCAGUUCAGUCCGACCAUGCACCCAGGGGACUAAGCUGCUGUUUUUCAAGAAUCAGCCUGGCUUUAGCAGCUUGGCAUGAUUAGCUGUUACCAGUCAUACCCUAGGGCUGCUGCAUUUCAUUUCCAGAGACAGAGGACACCACCAGAGUGUUGUCAAUCACACCAGCCCUGAAAAGUGGCUUCACCUAAGGCAAGGCUGCAGGAUCCAAAGCCCCAGUGCCCUCACACUCCUGUAACCAGAAGGCUGCAGCAACAGAGCCACUUACAUGUGACACGUGGCCAUUUCUUGAAGACAUUUAGUGGACUGGCUGAGAGCAACUUCACAGUGGCACUAUGUGGGCCUCCAAGCCGGAUGUGCUUGGAGGGAGGGCAACGGCCUUGGCCAAGGGACCUGCAGUGUGGGAGGCCCUAGGGUGGGCCCGCGUUGCCUGGCUCUUGUGGUCUCCUGCCUGCUGUGGCAGGGGUGGGGGGUAAGGGGGGAAGGAAGUGUUGUGCUGUGUGUCCCUGCUAAAGGUGCUGUGGAAUAGUCUUGGUGUGUCACCUUGUUUUAGAGAGUGCCAAAUUACAGUUGUAACAAGCCCUACUCCAUAAUUGCCUCAUCAGCCUUUUUGAGGCAGUCAGUGCCAUUUCUAGAAUUGAAAAAGCCCCAAAUCCAAACUGCUAUACUGUUAAAUAAACAGCAUUUCUAUUCCUUGUA